CACUAGUGCAGCAGUGCAGCUGAAAAGAACAGACCCGUGGUCUGUUUUCUAUUCCUCGUUUACUGUCACAUAACUGGUUGUAGGUUCCGAGGGCAGGCGACGAAACUGGCUCUUUCGUUUUCAGGACCAAGCUUGGACACUCCGCGAUAAGGAUGAGCGACGACGAUCGAGACAUCGAUAUCGAGAGCGAUGAGGAAGAUUCGGACUCCAGGUUACGGCAUUCCAACAACGCGCAGUAUUUUUCCCAGGCGGAGAAAAGAGCACAUCACAAUGCUUUGGAACGGAAGCGACGUGACCAUAUCAAAGAUAGCUUCUCGAGUCUCAGGGAUUCAGUACCAUUUCUUCAAGGAGAGAAAGUUGCUAGCAGGGCGCAAAUUCUGAAGAAAGCAGCAGAUUACAUUCAAUUCAUGCGACGCAAGAAUGCUACUAAUCAGCAAGCCAUAGAUGAUCUCAAGAGACAGAAUAGUCUUCUGGAAUCUCAAAUUCGUUCGUUAGAAAAGGCCAAGAUUACUGGCAACUUUGCCGCCGAAACAUGUGAGGUAACAAAGUCUGAAUCAGUAGGUGAUUACAACGACACCGAAUCGGAGUCCUCUGACAGCGAGAUUGGUCGGACAAUUCGGCCAAAGAAGCUGAAGGUCACUGGCCUCCAUCAUUGACGAUAUACCUGUACUUUCCUUUCUCAUCAUCUUUCUUUUCUCAUGUUUAUCAGUUUUAUGUGUUUAUCAUCUCGCUCUCGAUCAUUGUUUAAUAAAUACAUUGUAUAUUAAACUAUAUUGUGCGUAGAUAGAUACAUAAGUAAGUGAUUUAGAUUAUAUUCUGUUACAUGUAUAACAUAGGCAACUGCGAAGAACAUGACUAGAUGUCAAUGUGUCCAACAAAGACUUGUAAUUAAUCACGCAAGUUAUAGGUAAUAACUAAAUAAUACGUUAAUUAGUUUGAAAGGUGUACAUGAA